CCUUUCUUUCUACCCCAGCCGUCUAUGAAGCAAGCACGUUGUCCAGCUGAAACAUAACCUUAAGCAAUCGGAAAUACGAUAAUUUGAAUUUGAAUACGUACCAAUCUACGUAUUAAUUACUAAUCCUAGUUUGCAUCUCAAAUAUAUACUUUCAAAUGAAGACUAAAGUAGAUAAGAAAGGAAAGAAACGAUCGCUGAGUGAGACUUCUCUUUCUGCAAAGUCAACUCUGAAGCAGGAGAAUGUAAUUGAAUCCAAGAAAAGUCCUAAAAAGGCCAAACUUGCAACUUCUGCACAAAAUGGGAACUCUACAACUCAGAAUAAAGUGCAAAUUCUCAAGAAGAUGUACAAACAAAAAGAGAAACAGAAAACGAAACAACAAAUUAAUAUAGGGCAACCAUUAAUAACAAAGAAAAAGACAGAAAUUAAAUUACCUAUUGCUAAACUCAAGGAAGAAUCUGUUAGUAAAAAAAUAAAAACUAAGGAAAAUAAAUUAGAAAAUUUGAAGAAGAAGCAAGCAAAGCGUGAAGUACAUAAGAAAAGACGAAGGCGUUUUCUAAAUGCUGCAUCUACGCUUAGUAUAGAAGAGAUGGAAGCAAAAAUAGAAGAAAUCAGGAAUAGGGAAGUGUUGUCAAAACGAGCAAAAAAAAUGUUGUCUGCACUUAACAGAAAGCUUAAAUAUGAAAAGUCGGCAAAUAAAUUGGAGAAGGAAAAUAGCCAACAUGAGGAAAAGAAUGAAGCGCAGAAUAAGAUAAAAGAAAAAAAGAAAUAUGUCCACCAUCAAGUUAAAAACGAAUUGGAAAUGGACGAUCAAGAUGACAGUGAUGAUCAAGAUGAUAAUGAAGAUGACAAGGAUGAAAAUGAUGAAGAUCACAGCGAUAAAGAAGAAUCUAUAGAUAAUAUUAAUGAACAAUUUGACGAUGAAAGCGAAGAAGAUGAUGAAUCUAAAGAUGAUGAAGAAUCUGAAGAUGAUAAAGAAUUUGAAGAUGAUGAAUCUGAAGAUGAUGAAGAUGAUAUAGAUGAGAAAGCAAAUAUUUUAAAAGGAAAAAAGGAGGAAGUAAAAGAAAGAAAGAAACCAGUUUUAGAACAUCAGAAGAAAAACGAAAACAUCCUUUUUGUGGGCAAUUUACCAUCCGACUGGUCACCCCAUGAGCUCGAACAACAUUUCUUGACCAAGGUUAAUAAAGUAGCUUUUAUUCGGAGGCCAACUAAAGGACAUGUAAAAAAAUUUGCAUUUGUGUGUUUGACAAAUAGUACAGAUUUGGAGAAAGGACUCUCACUGAAUCAAUCACUCUUCAAGAAAGAACAGAUCAAGGUAGAAGUCUUAAAACCUAAUGAUAAAAAGAUGAAUAAGGUCAAAAAUUUUGCAAUUGCCAAGAAGAACCCGCAAGCGCUUAAAAAAGCAAAAAAAAUUAAUUUAAGUCAGAUCCAGCAAAAAAAGAAAUCAAUAAAGAAGGAGAAAUAAUACUAUA